AUGGAUUCGGCAAAAGGGAAAACCCGGACUGGAUUUCUCCCGGAGUCCGGAAUGGAUUCGGCAAAAGGGAAAACCCGGACUGGAUUUCUCCCGGAGUCCGGAAUGGAUUCGGCAAAAAGGAAAACCCGGACUGGAUUUCUCCCGGAGUCCGGAAUGGAGUCGGUUGGAGGGAAAACCCGGACUGGAUUUCGCCCGGAGUCCGGAAUGGAUUCGGCAAAAAGGAAAACCCGGACUGGAUUUCUCCCGGAGUCCGGAAUGGAGUCGGUUGGAGGGAAAACCCGGACUGGAUUUCGCCCGGAGUCCGGAAUGGAUUCGGCAAAAAGGAAAACCCGGACUGGAUUUCUCCCGGAGUCCGGAAUGGAUUCGGCAAAAGGGAAAACCCGGACUGGAUUUCUCCCGGAGUCCGGAAUGGAUUCGGCAAAAAGGAAAACCCGGACUGGAUUUCUCCCGGAGUCCGGAAUGGAGUCGGCAAAAAGGAAAACCCGGACUGGAUUUCUCCCGGAGUCCGGAAUGGAUUCGGCAAAAAGGAAAACCCGGACUGGAUUUCUCCCGGAGUCCGGAAUGGAGUCGGUUGGAGGGAAAACCCGGACUGGAUUUCUCCCGGAGUCCGGAAUGGAGUCGGCAACAGGACUGGAUUUCUCCUGGAGUCCGGAAUGGGGUCAGCUGUGGAUGGAUUCUUAUCCGUCAGAAAGUCUGCCACCUCUGAAGCGAACAAAAAGGACCUGGAUUAUCACCACCAUUGAUGUGCAAGAGGAGGACAAAGGACCAUUCCCCAAAUAUGCUGGACAGCUGUUCAAUAACAGAUCAUACAACACGUCACUGAAGUAUUUAAUCAGUGGACCUGGGGUGGAUGAGGCUCCAGAGGUUGGAUUGUUUUCCAUAGAAGAUGAUGCCAAUGGUCACCUGUACGUCCAUCGCACCAUCGACAGGGAGAGGACCCCAGCUUUCCAGAUUCGUUUUGAUGUGGAGAACAGAAGAUCUGGUGAGCUGUUGGACCGCCCUAUAUUUUUCAAGAUAAAGGUUAAAGAUAUCAAUGACAAUGCACCUGAGUUUUCCAUGCAAGAAUAUGGCACCACAAUAAGAGAGAACCACGAUGAGCCAGUUAUCCAAGUCACAGCCCUGGACAAAGACGAAGUGGGCACUGUGAACUCAGAGGUGUCCUAUUCUAUACAGAUGCAAAUGCCCUCUCCAGAUGGACUCACAUUUAACAUUGAUCCCACCACAGGAUCAAUAUUUCUGUCAGGAUGCCUGGAUUAUCAGACUGCCAAAUCUUUCAACCUUCUGAUUAAAGCCAGUGACCGUGGAAGUCCCCAGCUGUCAUCUACUGCAACAGUGACUGUUGCUGUUGAAGAUGCAAACAACCACCUCCCUGUAUUCACCAGUGAUAAUUACCAUCUCCAGAUUUCAGCAGGAGAAGAACAUCCAGCUGUUCUAAGGCUCCAAGUGGAAGAUAAAGACUCUCUCCACGCUCCAGCAUGGAGAGCAAAAUACAAAAUAACAAAGGGCAAUGAGAAGGAGCAGUUCAGCAUUGAGACAGAUCCAGCCACAAAUGAAGGCAUUUUGAGUGUUGUCAAGCCUCUCAGCUAUGAAGGUGACUCUGAGAUGAGACUCAUCAUUUCUGUAGCAAAUGAAGAACCUUUCUUCUGGUGUAAAAAUGGCAUUGUGAUGAUCUCUGAUCUGGAAUCCACAAACACAACUGUGAACAUCAAGGUCUUACAGCGUGCUCCAAGGUUUCAUCCUCCUAUACUUAUUGUCCAAAAGGAAGAUUCAAUGAAGCCUGAGAGGAUAUUUAGAAAGUAUUCUGCCACACAUCCAGAUGAUGUGCCAAAUAAUAUAAAAUAUGAACUAGCCCAUGACCCAGAUGGUUGGCUGAGUGUGGAUGAGAACUCUGGUGUUCUUACUGUGGCGAAAGAAUUUGAUCAAGAAUCCCCCUUUUUGAACAACAGCCUGUACACCAUUAUUGUUCAUGCUACUGAUCAUGGCAAGCCACCACAGACUGGUACUGGCACCAUCCUGCUUUACUUGUCUGACAUUAAUGAUCGUAUGCCAUCAUUGGUGGCUCCUGCUGUAGAUGUGUGUCACAAAAAAGAAGGGACACCUCUCGUUAUAGAAGCCAAGUCUGCUCUGGCCCAUUCACAUUCAGGGCCAUUUACAUUUGAGCUGGCUGAGGACUCUGAAGAUGUGAAGCAUAACUGGACUUUGGGAAGGAACUUUGGGCAGUCAGUUGAACUUCUGAUGUUAAGAAGCCUCCCACAAGGCAGCUACCUGGUGCCUGUCAUUAUUCAGGACAGGCAAGGAUUUUCCACAAGGCAGAACCAGCACAUCAGGCUCUGCUUUUGCCCAGAUGGGCACACGUGUGAAAAUUCACCAGUUCUACAAGCAGCAGUGGGAGUUGGAAGUGGUGCCAUUGGGAUAAUACUGGUGGCUUUCUUAUUACUACUGGUCUCCAGCAUCACGCUUUGCCGAUGUUACAGGUCAGGGGCUAAAAGCAAACCUAUUGCUCCACCCCAGGAAGGUGAACAGACUUUAAUCUACUACAAUGAAGAGAGCAGAAGUUCUUUUCCUGAGGCUGGGCUGGAUAUUACACACGGUGCUGCUCCAACACCUGUGUCUGUGGAGGCUGAAAAAGAAGUGGUUGCUGAGGGUGGCUGUUUCACUGCUUGUGAGACAUCCCAAGCAAGACACCUGGAUUGCUUCAUCCAGACAGUAGACAGAACACUGGCUCAGAAAGUGUUUUACCAGAGCACUCUGGAAGAUUACGGGGACAUCUGUGAACCUUGCAGAUACACUGAGGAGGGAGAAUUAGAACCCAGUGACCCCCCCUGCUCCAUCUCCAUUGGCAGUGAGGACUUGCCUGAUGAUUUUUUGGACACUCUGGGACCCAUGUUUUCUGCUCUGGAAGAGAUCUGUCAGAAGUGAUCUCCAUCACCCAGUUAAUGUCAGAAAGCUGUGACUGUGGCGCUGCAAAGGCUUCUGGCAGAAGCAGUGACAAUUUCAGGGAAAAAGGACCAUCUUGAGGGCAUUGCAGUGUUUGCAGCAUGAGCACCUGGCCUUUUAUUCUUCCUGCCUGCACUCUUUCAUGUGGGCAGCCAAAAACCUGGCGUCUCUGGAGGAUCCUCUGUGUAGAGGUGGUGGGGGAUUUUGGCAUAUUUAUGCACACUGACACAAAUAGAAGAUCUGAUACCAAGGAUCCUCAAUUCGGUAUGCAAAGGAAAAAAAAAACAAAACCCUAGAUGAACUAAGCCUGAAAUUCCAGGCAGAGUUCUGUGUGAAAAUAAGUCCAUUUUGAAGAGAGAAGGCAGUUACCUGCUAGCCCAGUGUAUAGUCCUUUCUCCAGUAAGUGGCCUCUUUAAAUCCAGGAUUAAGUUUGGUACACUUUUACAUAUUUUCUAUCCUUUAUGUAUGACAAUGAAACAUCGAAGAGAAAGUUCACUCCUCCUCUGGGUUCACACACUUGGGGCAGCUCUGCACCAACCCCACUUUAGCAUGGAAGAUGCUCCUUUGGUGCUCGUGUGUGUGCUGGCAUCUGCUGGCUGUUGGUGUCAUGGCACUGCUGUAAAUGAUACCCUAAAUGCUGAGAAACUGUUGUCAGACAGGGUUAUUCCUUAGAAUAAAAUAACUUCGUACUCUAAAUUAGCCACAAGUGCCUCUGAGGGGGAAACUCGCGGGUUUCCUCAAGCACUGCUGAUAAAACAGAUGAAAUGAUAAAAAAGGGACGGUAUCAAAUUUCCCUAUCAGGGAACCACAGAUGUGUUGUUUUAAAAUUUUGAGGUUUGGACAUGUCUGACUGUGUGAGAUUGACCUCUGCUCAGCUAUAGCAUGAAGGCUGUUGGUCUUACAGUACAGAAAUGAGGAAAGAACAGCUCAGGAGAUUGUUUUCUGCCAUUAGGUAAGUUAUACAUGCAGGAAGCAUUGGAAUUAGUUACAAAUCUUACUCCUGUUCUAUUACAAUUUCAUGCUGAAAGAAAAAUGCUUUGCCUAAGGCAAUCACUAAGCCUGGGAGCUAAGACACCGUUUUUGUGUUUCAAAGUUUACUUAAACAAUAAAUUAUACUUUCACUCAGAUAUUAUUAACUAAUAAUUCAAGGCUGGGAACUUCAGUCAAGUGUGAUAAAAAGAGUUUGGCUGAGUGGCAGGCAGCCACGUUCUCCUAAAUGCCAGCAGCAGGAUCUGUUUACACAAUAAAUCACUCCUGCGAUAAACUGUCCUUAACUUUCCGCUCCAGAUGGAAGACUUCAAGCCAGGCCAGUGAUUUAGCAGCGCUGCUAAUACCUGAGGUGACAUUUUUAUUGCAGAUGAUAACCAUACUGGUGAGAUUAGAGUUAUCUUUUGCUGUUCCUUCUGAAAAUUACGCAAGGCUGAAAAUAAUCAUGGAAGCGUUCUGUGUGUUUAUUGCUCGUGUAAACUCGUGCUGGGUUUGGAGCACACCACGCCUGCAGCCACCCAAACAUGAGAUGUGAUCAGACCCACGGUUGGUAAAGUUCUCUCCUGCAUGGGACAAAAAACCCCCCUGUUUUAAUGAAACCCUGUUUCUUGGGAAACGAGAAUGUUCCCUGGAGGGUCUCACAAUUGCCCACAUUCAGUAUUUCAGCUUCUUCAGGGAUUUGAAAUCUUGCAGACACUAAGCUGAUACAGCUUCCCAGCACCAUUGUCAGAUAAAGAUGCAACGUUUAUAUUUUAAAGAGCAGAAAUUUAGGUGGAAAGAGCUGCUCUGUUGACCACAGUCACAAAGAGAGCUGUGACAAACUAAGGAGUGGCACUUACCAAUGGUGCUGCACCAGGAUCUCGCCUUUCACCAACGAUGUUGACCUUUGCAGAAGCUUUUAGCCCAUUCCUUUUGAGCAGACCUGCUCUCCACCACGUGGGGCAACACCUGGAGACAAACCGAGAGGGGAGAGCUGGAGGCAGUGGGUUUCCUUGUGCCACCCCUCCCACUGAACAUUGCCAUGGUGCCCCAAGCUGCUCAGUCUGGGCCUCACAGCUGCCCUGUCUCCACGGGUGUGGGAACUGAAAGAGCGGAGGACUUUCACAGCGUGGCAAUAAGCUUACAUAGACAGAGGUUUGAAACACAGCUGAAUUUUAGGCCUUGAAAUGUUUGGAGCAUAGAAAGUUUCCGAGCUGUAAAAAAUACAGAGCAAGCAACUAUUGUAUGCUCUAAGGUGUGUGUGUGUAGUGUUUAGUGAUUGGCUUGUAAGCGUUUAGCAUUAGUCUGCUGGCUAAGAAACUUUUAA